AUUGGAAGCACACUUCCUCAGAAGAUUAAUCCAAACUCAAACUUCACUAACAACCUUCAAAAUGCAGACAGCUUUAACCUCUGCAGCAACUCCCAACGUUGUGCCUUUGACACCUUCAAAGAGUGUCUCCCAUCUUACCAGCUUCCCUGCCAAAUUGACUGGCUCACUUGCUCCACCUCGUUUCACUGCAAUCAAAGUUGCAACUGUCAACUAUGACACUUCAACUGUGGAUUACACCUCUGCCUUCUC